AUGGGUUCAUGUAUAUCCUCGCCAGAUAAAGGCGGUCAGAAAUUAGGUUCAGCUCCUCCUACUCCUUCCCCCACUCCUGCGGCUGGAAGGGCGGCAGCGCCAGUGUCCAAUAACAGACCUACGAGAUCGGGUCCGCCGCCACAGGUUUUGGGAGGUAAUGGGACGGAAGGAGAUCCGAGGGAGGUCGCGAGACGUGCGGCAGAGAUGAGAUUGGACAAGGAACGAAAUAAAGGGGUAAACUCUUCAAACCCAUCUGCAGGGAAAUUGAGUAGACAAUUGGAAGCUACGAGAAAGGCUCCUUCUCAGCCUCCUCCAAAUGAACGAUUAAUGGAUGCAGGACGAUGGAAUUGA